AUGGAUAAAUGGUCUCAGUUCCGAGCCUUGCUUCCAAAUCAAGGAGGGGAAAAACUCAGUUUUGAGGAACCAGUUGUUCGAGAGGGCCAACGAAUAGCUCAAGUCGACUUGGAAGAGAUCCAAGUUGAAAUCUCAUUCUGGAGUUCAGCAGUGGUAUGCCAGGUGCUUGGGGCUAACCCUCCAUUUGCUAUUUUUGAAGGUUUUAUCAAGAGGAUAUGGGGUAAACUUGGCAUUAAGAGAAUUGCUAGACUGAAUAAUGGGUUUACACUUGUAAAAUUUCGUGAUGAAGUCACUAGAGAUCUGGUUUUGGAAGUUGGGGUGCUACAUUUUGAUAGAAAACCAGUGAUAGUGAAGCCUUGGUCUAUUGAUUUAGACACUCUUAAGGCAGUGAAGUCAGUUCCUUUGUGGGUUAGACUGCCAGGUCUUGGGCUGCAAUAUUGGGGCACUAAGUGCUUGAGUGCUCUUAUGAGCAUGAUUGGGGUACCAAUUUUGGUAGAUAAAGUUACGAAGGACAGAUCUAUGAUGCAAUUUGCUAGAGUUUUAGUGGAGAUAGAACUCUCGGAGGAUCUCCCUAAAUCAGUUCAAUUUCUCAAUGAGAAAGGGCAGCUAAUGGAACAACUUCUGGAAUUUGAGUGGCUUCCUACUCAAUGUAGGGGGUGUAAAGUAUAUGGCCAUACUGAAAGAAUGUGUAAUAAGAAGCCAUCUGAGAUUUGGAGACAAAAAAGUAGGAUUGGAGAGGAUGAGGCUAGACAAGAGAUAUCAAAGCAACCUGAUCCUGAGUCAUCUGUUGUAAACCAGAAUUGUACACCAGAUACUAAGUCCAAUGACAGAGGUAAUUCGUACUGGAUUACCCCUAAACGGGUUGGAGGACAUAAGAAGGUUGUUCAUAGGGCAAAGAACACUUUGACGAAUUCCUAUAGUGCUUUGCAAGAUAAGGUUAUGGAGGUUGCAAACUUGGGACUAACAUCAACAAGUGCCUUGUUGGAGACCAAACUUCGUGGGGAUAAAAUUAAGAAUAUGAUGCAAUCUUUUUUCAGAGGCUGGAGCUAUUUUACUGGUUCAGUGUCAAAAGGUAGAUUGCUGCUUAUUUGGCAGCAAAGUUUGGUGUCUGUAGAUGUUCUUAAGGAGACUGAUCAGUUACUUCAUGUUUGUGUUAAUGGUCUAAGGACUAAUAAAUUGUUUUGUGUGACAUUUGUGUAUGGUAGAAAUUCGAUUGAAGAAAGAGUGGCUCUUUGGAGGGAUCUGUCUAGUCUUUGUUUCCCAGCUACCCCUUGGCUGUUAGCUGGGGACUUUAAUGCUGUCUUUGAGGGUGCGGACAGAAUUGGUGGUCGCGCUAUUUCUUCCCUAGAAUUAUCUUAUGCUCAAAAUUGGAGGGCCUUGGGAUUAGUUGAUGAGUUGCGUGCUAGAGGGUCUCAUUUUACUUGGACUAAUAAACAGGCUAAUGAAGAUCGAAUCUACUCGAGAUUGGAUAGAGUUUUUAAGAAUGAAGAUUGGUUGGACAUUUUUCCUCAAUCUGAGGCUGUUUUCAACUGGGAAUUGCUUUCUGACCACUGCUACUGCAUUAUCAAACCAGAAGCUACUAUGAAUUAUGGUGUUAAACUAUUCAGGUUCUUCAAUAUGUGGACAGAUCAUGAAAAAUUUAAGAUCACUGUCAUGCAUAGCUGGUGCAAGCCUAUACACGGGUCUGGGCUGGUUCGUAUUUGUAAAAAGUUGAGCAAGCUUCAGUUUGUGCUUCGAAAUUUCAAUAAGCAUAUCAUGGGAGAUGUUGCUCAGAAUUAUGUGUUGGCUAAGGAGAAGUUUCAGGAUGCCCAGUUAUCCCUUCAGAGUAAUCCUCACUCGGUUGAUCUUCAGAGAUUAGAAGCUGCAGUAGGUGACAAGUUUAAGUACCAUGCCAGAAUUUAUGAGAGUUUCCUGAGACAGAAAAGCAAAGUGGAUUGGCUGCGUUAUGGUGAUGACAACACGGCUUAUUUUCACGCCUGCUUAAAACAAAGGAGAGCCUCUAACUGUAUCAAUUCUGUAAUGACUGAAUCUGGUCAGAGUAUUGAAAAAUUUGAUGAUGUUGUAGAUCACUUUGUGACUCACUUCCAGAAAAUUAUGGGAAGCAAAAGCAUGGCCUCUAGGUCCAUUCAGAGUUCCUGUUUUAGUCUUGGUCAUAAACUGACCCUGGACCAACAGGAUCCAACUUAUUUGAUACUUAUGAAUGGGAAGGUUCAAGGGGAGUUUAGAGGUCGGAGGGGUCUUAGGCAAGGGGACCCGAUUUCUCCAUUGUUGUUUGUAUUAGCUAUGGAGUAUUGUACCCGGUUACUAAGACAAGCUUCCAUGGACAAGGGGUUCCAUUUUCAUCCUAAUUGUAAGCACCUUAAGAUUUUCAAUCUUUGUUUUGCAGACGACUUGGUUUAUUUUGGUGGUGUGGCUCAAAAAGAAACUCAGCAAAUGCUUGAGGGGCUCCGAUUCUCUGAAGGAAACUUCCCCCUAAAAUAUUUGGGAGUUCCUCUUCGAACAACAAGAUGGAAGGCUGGUGAUUGUGCUAUCAUUAUCAAAAAGAUUCAGUUGAAAUUACAUACUUGGGCGAGUCAUCACCUAUCUUUUGCGGGGAGGGCGCAAUUAAUCAACUCUGUGCUUCUGAGUAUAAGAUCUUUUUGGAUGAGUAUUUUCAUUCUCCCUAAGAGUGUCACCAAGGAGGUGGAUCGGUUAUGCAGAAACUUCCUUUGGGGAGUUAAGGACAGUAAUAGUCAGCGAAGUAAAAUGCAUUUUACUGCCUGGGAUCAAGUGUGCCUGCCUAAAUGA